CGCUGCCACUCUCGCGAUAGUUCCGCAGUGGGUCGCGGAGCAGUAUGGCAGCCGUCGCGCUGAGGUCCUGCCGCAGAGGACUUUCACAGAUUUUAAGCAAUGGAGGGCUCGCAGCUUUGUCUUCAAAGCGUCUUGAAGGAGACAGGAGACACAAGUCCACAGUUCAAUAUGCUGCACGACCAGAUCUCCCCAAGCUGGCCUACAGGAGGGUGAAGGGGAAGAGUCCAGGAGUGGUCUUCCUCCCAGGAUAUGGCUCCAACAUGAAUGGACAGAAAGCUGAGUCAUUGGAGGAGUUCUGUAGAUCACUAGGUCACUCAUACCUUAGGUUUGACUACACAGGCCACGGAGCCUCAGAGGGGGUGCUAGCUGAAGGAACUAUUGGGACCUGGAAAAAAGAUGUCCUCUUCGUGUUGGAUGAGUUAGCAGAGGGGCCACAGAUACUGGUGGGUUCCAGUAUAGGUGGUUGGCUCAUGUUACUUGCAGCCAUUGCAAGACCAGAGAAAAUUGCAGCACUUGUGGGCAUUUCAACUGCUGCUGAUCACAUCGUCACAUCCUUCAACACUCUCCCUCUAGAGACACGCAAAGAGUUUGAGGAGAAGGGGGAGUGGACGGUGCCCACUAAACACUCAGAGGAGGGUUUUUACAAGUUUAGCAUGGACUUUCUGAAGGAGGCAGAAAACCACUGUGUGCUCCAGAGUCCCAUCCCCAUCACCUGUCCUGUACGGCUCAUCCACGGGCUCAAGGACGACGACGUUCCGUGGCACAUCUCCAUGCAGGUCGCCGAACGCGUCCUCAGCCCCGACGUGGACGUCAUCCUGCGGCGACACGGGCAGCACCGCAUGUCUGAGAAAGACGACAUCAAGCUUAUGGUCUACACUAUUGACGAUCUCAUAGACAAGCUGACCACUUUGGUCUGAGUACCGGGCAGGGGAGUGAGCUUGAGAGGUUGCUGAGAUAAAGAGAGAAGGACUUUGUUUACUUGGAAGUCAACCCUCAAGAAAUUACCAAACAAUGGCAUGUGUCUCUGCCAAAUACGACCUUUUAUCCACCCCGUUCUCCUCGUACUUCAUCUGUCAUUUCAACAUGCCGUUGCAGUGAAAACUACACUAAGGGGGGCUCUCCUGUUAGCUGUUCCCUUAUAUCUUCAGGUUGCAUAUGUCUGUGUUACACGUUAAUAUACAGAGUGUUAUGUUGGCCUGUAAUAGGUCUGCUGUGUCUGCCGCUGUUCUUAUUGUUCGUUUCCCCUCCCUCUUUACUUAGAUGCAUAGUUUUCCUGUGCCUUUUUUAAUCUCUUUUCAACUGUUUUGGCCAAUAAAACCUCUGCACACGA